AGCCUAAAGGCGGGAAAUAUUUGUCACUUGGGCAUUGCUAGAUAGAGAGAGAAAGUUAGGGUCAAGAGAGAGAGGGAGGGAGGAGGGGGACUGGAGGAGGAAGGAUAAGUAUCUCAUUCUACCUAAAGAAUUCGUAUUCUGAUUCUUUUUUCCUCCAAACGUUGCUCACACUUUCAAGAAAACAGUUGGGGUUGUUGCUCAUAUCUAAAUCUUAGUGGGUAUUUGUUAGCGUCGAGCUUUGACCGACUCAGUUCCUGGUUCUCCUGAGUCCUGACUCGAAUCUGCAGCUGUUACGUUGUUUCUUGGAGUUCUAUUUUGUUUUCUUUACCAUUUUGGUGGGGGAAAUAAAAGUACCUUUGUGUUGGUAUUUUGAUACUCUACAACCCCCAUUCGUCAUUUUUGGCUCUCUUUCUCUCUUCCUUUGAAUUGGAUUGUAGUUUUCAGCGUGUGCAUUUUACAGAUUCACCCCUCUGGCUUUAGCUUGAUUCUCCUGAAAUUAGAGGAAUCUUUGGUGAAAUGAUUCUCUUUGUCUUUCUCUUGAAGAUUUUGUGACAGAAAAAAACGAUUCUUUUGUCCUCUGCUAUAGCCUAUAUCCCUGGUUUUCACCCACUGAAGCUUCUCUGGUAGUUUCUUCCUGUUUUUUUUUUUUCCCCUAGGAAAAAAAUUAGGAGUCUUAAGAAAUUCUGUAAGCUUUUUCAAGCAAAUGACAUGACUAAUUUGAGCUUUUUGUGCUAUUUAUUACUUCUUUGAUACCUCAUUCUGUAAAUGCUGUGGGUUUUGGCAAGUGGGUUUUGAGCAAGUGGGUUUUCUUGGCAUUGCAAGUGGGGUUUUCACUCUCUCAUGUGGUGAGAAUUUAGAGAUUUCAGCUGGGUUUUAGGAAAUUUUCAACUAUCCUCCAUGCCUGUGUGUUUUGUUUGAUUUCUGAGCUUCUACUCCACAUACUGAAGUUAAAAGGUUUCUGCUUUACAUAUGGAGAAGACCACCUAUUUAGCUUUGGAACUCCUCUUGCUUGUGACUUUCUGCUUGUGCAACACAACAGUACAAUGUCAAAAGAGGUCUAUUAGCCGUAUAUCCGCCGACCCUCCCUCCCCUUCUGUUGCACCAGGCCACGGGAAUAGGUUUGAAAGAAUCAUUCUAAGCAUUUUUCUUGGACUCGCAACAGGAUUGAUCUUCUCCGUUCUUUUCGCUUGUAUAGUUCGCUGCUUCAUUCGGUACUUAGGCAGAACCCCUAUUCUCAAAGGCCCAGUUAUAUUUUCCCCGAAAAUCGCCCCCAAAACCCUCCAAUCAGCUCUGGCGAACGAAAACCAGUUGCUAGGGUCGAGCCCAAACGGAAAAUACUUCAAAACCGUUCUUGAUAAUGGGCUCACAGUUGCGGUCAAGAGGCUCGAGCCUUUUGAAAAUGGGUCCCCGGAAACACACAGUAAGUCGGUUAAGAGGCGGAUGCAAGAGGAGCUUGAAAUGCUUGCCGGCUUAAGGCAUAGGAAUUUGAUGAGUUUAAGGGCUUUUGUUCGCGAACCCGGUAGGUUUUGUUUGGUAUAUGACUAUAUGACCAUGGGGAGUCUUGAAGACGCGAUGAAGAGAGUCAGGGAAAAUGAAUUGCAGCUUAGCUGGGAACUAAGGCUUCGGAUUGCGGUUGGGAUAGUUAAGGGGCUGCAGUUCCUCCAUUUUAGCUGUGCACCUAAGGUUUUGCAUCACAACUUGAAGCCCAACAAUGUGUUGUUGGAUGCAGAGUUUGAACCUAGGUUGGCAGAUUGUGGCUUGGCUAAGUUAAUGCCUAACUUGGAUAGGGAAGUAUCGGCCUACAGUGCUCCGGAGUGUUUUCAGAACUGCAGGUAUACAGAUAAGAGUGAUGUCUUCAGCUUUGGGGUUAUAUUAGGUGUCUUGUUAACUGGAAGAGACCCAAUGGGUACAUUCUUUGGGGAAGCAUCCAGUGGAGGGAGUUUGGGACAAUGGCUUCGGCAUCUGCAGCAAGCGGGGGACCCACGUGAAGCGUUAGAUAGGAGUAUUCUUGGUGAAGAAGUAGAAGAAGAAGAGAUGCUAAUGGCUGUGAGAAUUGCAGUGGUAUGCCAAUCUGAUUUCCCUGCCGAUCGGCCUUCAAGCGAUGAACUGGUUUCUAUGCUCACCCAACUGCACAGCUUCUGAAGAACUGUAAGAAACUCUUUAAUUUUGCACAGUAAGGAUUUUUGUUUAUGUGGUAGUGGUAACCUCAUAGCCUUGGAGGUUUUGGUUGUUUGUACAGCUUCCAUGUGCAGCAGUCCUAUCAGCUGCUUGGGUUUGCAGUGGAAGCAACCAAUUCUAUCUGUGUACAUUUUCCUGGAUUUUGGUUUUAGUGAGAGGGUCUUGGUCUUCAAUCAAAAUCAAGUUUUGUCGGUGUA